UCAUUCUACUUCUCACAGUGUUUAUUAUACUGAAAAAAUAAUGUCACAGUGGCCGUCGUUGAAGGUUGAAAUCGAGUAGAAUGGAAGCAACCACCUUCUCUCCGACGACGGCAAGACCGUAUCGGAAUCCGCCAUUUUCUCCGGCAGAACCUUCGUUGCUGAGAACACUGCACGCUCGCGAUUGGAAUCCAUGUUCACUGUUCUUCUCACAAUCUAGCAAGUUUCCGCAGCUUUCAUUUGCUCAAACUCGGAAGAAUGCUCUCUUCAAGGUUUUAUCUGCUGAAAAGGAACAUGUUGAAGUAGUGGAAGGAAGCUGUGUUGAUGAGAUAUAUGAUAUAUUGGCUACACGUCUUCUGCCUCCAGCGUCGGUGAUGGCCAAUCCUAAUCAUAAGCUUCUUGUUGGCCUAGCUGGUCCUCCUGGGGCUGGAAAGAGCACUGUAGCACAUGAAGUAGUCAGACGUAUAAACAAGCUUUGGCCAGAGAAAGCUUCUUCCUUUGACUCUCAGGUUCAACCUCCUAAUGUUGCUAUCGUGAUUCCCAUGGAUGGUUUUCAUCUUUAUCGUUCUGAACUAGGUGCAAUGGAGAAUCCUGAGGAAGCGCAUGCAAGAAGGGGAGCUCCAUGGACAUUCAAUCCCUCACGACUUCUUACAUGUCUCAAGAAUCUAAAAAUUCAGGGAUCAGUUUAUGUACCAUCAUUUGACCAUGGUGUUGGGGACCCGGUAGAAGAUGAUAUCUUUGUGAACCUUCAGCACAAAGUUGUUAUUGUAGAAGGUAACUAUCUGCUCUUGGAAGAUGGGGUAUGGAAGGAGAUAUCAUCUUUGUUUGACGAGAAAUGGUUUAUUGAUAUUAACAUUGACAAAGCAAUGCAGCGAGUUCUAAAGCGGCAUAUUUCAACUGGUAAGCCCCCAGACAUUGCUAAACAGCGGGUAGAGAACAAUGACAGGCUUAAUGCAGAGCUUAUAAUGAAGUCCAAGAAAAAUGCUGAUUUAAUAAUCAAGUCAGUUGAUUUCUGAGGAAUCUGUUUGUGCUAAGUCAAGCCUUAGGAGUGUAUAAGAACUUCAGUAAUAAAAGAAAUGUUCUUGUGAUUUUUCAUUGAGAGAUUCAAUAAACUGAUCAGUUUUUACUUGUACAA